UGGAAUCUGGCACCAGAUCUCCUGCUGCUGCGGUGCUGCUAUUUCACAGAAGCUGCAGGCACACAGCGAAGCUGUGCUAACUAAGGCGACUUGUCUGUCCAUAUCUCCCCAGCGCCAGCCACACGUGCCUGGUAACCCCUUCCAGCUGCUUUCUGUGAGAAUGAGGCUGCUAGGCAGGCGCUGCGUCGCUUUCCACACUUGUUUGGUUGUGGUGAUUGCUCUCUCAGAGGCCAGGACAUUUUUGUCUCAGCAGUAUGCCUCCGAGUUCCUGGUUAGGAAACGUCGAGCCAAUUCUUUUAUGGAAGAAAGUAAGAAGGGAAAUUUAGAAAGAGAAUGCAUUGAAGAACUGUGCAAUAAAGAAGAAGCCAGAGAAAUAUUUGAAAAUAAUCCUGAAACGCACAAAUACCUUUCAGAAUAUUUUUACCCCAAAUAUUUAACCUGCCUCGGCUCCCAUCGAGCAGGGAUUUUCAGGAUUCCUGAUGUUACUUCAGGUUCCUCAACUGACCUGAGAACCUGUGUGAAAGAAAUUUCAAACCAAUGUAGCCCUCUGCCAUGCAAUGAAGAUGGAUAUAUGGAAUGCAUUGAUGGGCAAGCCAGAUACACUUGUGUCUGUAAACCAGGCUGGCAAGGAGAGAGAUGUGAAGAAGAUAUAAAUGAAUGUGAAGAUCCAGCAAAUAAAAAUGGAGGUUGUAGCCACGGCUGUACUAAUUUUCCUGGAAGCUACCGCUGUUCCUGUGACAAUGGAUACUAUAUGCUUCCAAAUAAACAGGACUGCAAAGACCGGGAUGAAUGUACGAUACAUCCAAACAUCUGUGGGACAGCACAGUGCAAGAACAACCCUGGCAAAUAUAAAUGUGAAUGUGCGGAAGGCUACACAUAUAAUUCAACUUCAAAGAAUUGUGAAGAUGUGGAUGAAUGUGCUGAAAACACUUGUGCUCAAGAGUGUGUCAAUUCUCCAGGAAGCUAUGCCUGCUAUUGUGAUGGCAAGAAAGGGUUCAAGCUUUCUAAGGACAGGAAGCACUGUGAGGCUGUUCCAGUUUGUGUCCCUCUGAAUCUUGAAAAGAAUUAUGAAUUGCUUUACCUGGCAGAACAAUUUAUAGCGACCCCUGUGAUGUACUUAAGGUUUAGAUUGCCAGAAGUCACCAGAUUUUCAGCAGAAUUUGAUUUCCGGACAUAUGAUACAGAGGGUGUUAUUCUAUAUGCUGAAUCCUCUGACAACACAGCAUGGUUCUUGCUUGCUCUUCGUGAUGGGAAGAUAGAAAUUCAAUUCAAGAAUGAACUUGGAACAAAAGUCACCAGUGGUGGCAAAGCCAUUAAUGAUGGUCUGUGGCAUAUAGUCUCAGUGGAAGAAUUAGAACACAGUAUAAGUGUAAAAAUAGCAAAAGAAGCAGUGAUGAAUAUCAACAGCCCUAGAAGUCUGUUCAAACCAUCAAAUGGCUUCCUGGAAACUAAGGUGUACAUUUCAGGAUUACCUCGCAAAGUCGGCGACACCCUCAUUAAACCGCUUAACCCUCGACUAGAUGGGUGCAUUCGUGCCUGGAACCUGAUGAAUCAGGGAAGCUCAGGCAUAAAAGAAGUUAUUCAAGAAAAACAAAGCAAACACUGUUUAGUAACUGUGGGGAAAGGGUCCUAUUACCCUGGCACUGGCACGGCACAAUUUCAUAUAAACUAUAAUAAUUUUACCAAUGACAAAGAAUGGCUAAUUAACAUAACAUUGACUAUUCGCCCAUCCACAGGCACUGGUGUGAUGUUUGCCUUGGUCUCUGGCAAAACAGUGCCUCUUGCUUUGUCCAUAGUAGACGCCAACUCCCCUAACUCACAGGAAAUCAUUGUGACUAUUGAGAACGUUAUUGUUGCCCGGCUGGAGUCAGAGAGGUUGUGUACCUCCAAAAGAAUGCUGCUAGGACUCAGAGUAAACAAACAGCUGCUUGAACUGACUGACGAUUCACAAACACACAGCAUCAAUUCUGAGCAAGAGCAACAACUGUCCGUCCUGGAUCAAGUAAUGAAGGGACCUAUUGUUACCUACUUAGGUGGCAUUCCAGAUGUUCCUGUUGGUGCUACACUACUGACAGCCUUUUAUAAUGGCUGUAUGGAGGUAAAGGUCAAUGACGUACAGCUGGAUCUGGAUGAAGCCUUCUCUAAACACAAUGACAUUCGAUCCCACUCGUGCCCACUGAUUGCAAAUGAAAUGAAUGAAUUCUUAAACUAGCAUUCUCCCUUCAGAUAUAAUUUGCGUAAUGAGUCUCAUGUCAUAAUGAAACCUGUAUUAUUUUACUCAAGAUGUUCUGAGAAAAGAGUUCAGCUGGAGUGUUUCUAUCUACUUAAUGUAAUUUGGGAAGAUUAAAAAAAACCCACUUUUUUCAGUGAUAAAAGGACAUGAUGAAGACUAAAAUCCUGUGAAAAUGUUCUUAUCCAUUUCAGUGAUUAAAUCUAGCUUAAAGAUAUUAAGAUUUCUUUUGGGUAAAACCAUCUUUUUUUUCACCAUUGUUGCGGUUCCCUUUUUGUAUUUUACCCAGCUUGAAGAGUCAAAUCAGGCCAGUCUGGCUGUCACUCUUGGUUCUGAUGCUUUAGCACAAAGCUGUGGUGUUUGGGUGGCAAGUGCUACCAGCAGGUUUGAAUCUAAACAUUGUUUUCAUUUAACUUUCUAAAACAAAAUGUAUGAAAAUGUCUUAGAAGGUUUUGGAAAAUGUGUGCUUUGAAAAGUCUAAAGUUAUAGGCCCAAGGUCUCUGUCAGACUGCUGGAUCACAGCAUUAUUUUGGGGAGCAACAUCCAACCCCAAGCUUUGGUAAUGCUAGAAGCUAGGAUUAAUGUUGAGGCGGCUGCUUGUGUUAGGAAAGAAAUUCGUAAAGUGGCUUUGUAAUCCUUAUAAUGUACUGGACCAACUUUUCCACUCAAAGCCUCCUUUUAUAGGUACAUUUCAACUUGUGUUACACACUUUCACAGAACAUAUCAAAAUGGCAGAAAAUGAUAUUUGAUUACUCCUUGGGACAGACUAGCUUAGGGUUAACAUUAAUUCUUUCCAUGUUUUCCAUCAAGGAAUCCCAGCAUUGUACUUUGUUUGAUUCAGAGCUCCAUUAAGAGGGACUCACUGCCACACUUAAAAAAUAAUUCAGUACCAUGCUAUUAUCAGAAAACAAAGGCCAGCAGUUUUAUGCGGGUGAGUUGCACGGAUGAAGCACCAUCAGUCAGAGUUACAGGACACCAAAUUGGAAUUUACCAAAUGAAGCUAGAGGUCUCACUGGCAAACGAACAGACUUCCCCAUUCAUGAGGAAUCUCACAGUCCAGAGUUUCCUAGUCAUUCCUUCAUACAGAAAUCUGUCAAACUAGUUCUCUCCUCAGGCCAAUCCCUCAAAACUGGGGAUAAAAUCCCCAUCACUUCCGCUUCUGGGGACCUAUAGAGAGAGGGAUACAGCUGCGUUUGAAAGCCAUAUUUCAGCAAGAGUUGUUUAUUUACACGAAGCCCGAAAUUUUACAGCCAUGUCACGCUUAAAGCCAUAUCCGCUCUCAGCCAGAUUAACAAGGAAAGUUGAUUAAGGCAGGAAGGAAUGAGUUUUCUGGGAAGUAUCCAGUUCACACAUUUCUGGCUUCCUUAAUCUCCUCUGAGUGGGCUUUCCCUUCCCUGUCUCAUUUUCACACAAGCAGUAAUUCUGGCUGCUCUCGCAUUUUAGUCAAGCUGAACAAAUAAACAAAGGAGAGAACAGGCAUAAGCAGUGACUACCUUUCACCUCCAAUCACAAAACUAUUAUCUGUCAAAAUACCUGAAUUGGGGUUUGCUUCCUAGAGGUCUAAUUGUAAUAUAUUUGUUGCCCCAGGAGUAGAAAUUUACUUACCAAGAGAUGGAUCAUGCCAUCCUUACUCACUUUGAGAACUACUUUAAUUCCUCUGGGAAUCCCACUAAAAUAAACGGGUUUCCUUGUGGUGUGAGGUACUGCACAACAGAAACGUACCUCAAAGCAUAAAAUCUAGACCUAACUUUUCAACUGUAUUUUGUCGGCUGCUUUCCCACCUCCCUCUUUAACUUCACUUCUCACCCUGGCCUUACUAUAUAACACGAUGAGUAUAAUGGAUGAAUGUUUGCUAUGGUUUCCCAAGGAAGCCAGUCUCAGGUCCCUCACAGAGUUUGACUCGGCAGCAGUACUGCUGCUCACUGAUAAAAGGAAACCUUAAAGAUCACUUGAAGCAAGUCUCCAAUGGCUAAUCACCAGUCAGCUAAUGACCCACCACAGUGAAGUGGUAUCAUGAUGCAAAAUUGCUUAAGUUUCCAUCUCCUUUAAAUACUUAUGGAAAAAAUGCCAGCGCCCACUUACCUUAUUUGGACCCAAUUCAGUAAAGCACUUAAGCACAUGCUUAGGGCCAAUUGAAAUCAAUUUGAAUUACAUGCUGAAAUGAGGCUUUGGUGAAUCAGACAAUCUAAACAUGCCAUUAAAUAAUUACUGCAUUUGCAAUUUAGUAGCAACAACCCCAGAAACUCAAAUUGUCUUCAGGAAAGUAGAUCUUAUGCUUGUUCAGCUUCCUUGCCUUCCACAACAAUCAUAGAAACAUGAAAUAAGAAUGUCAACAUGACAGACCUUUAUGUCAACAUGUGUACAACACAAGAAAAAAAGUUUGGAUUUUUUGUUUUGUAAAUCCUAGAGAGAUAGGAAAUUAAGGAACAUAGGAUAUAGUUAAGUCACACAGGUUUCUGAUCUGGGCACAUAUCUGUACAGGAAACAAAAUACAGAUACUUUAGUGUAUUCUAGUCUUAUGUAAAGCUUUGUUGGAUUUUUGAAUGUGUAAGUGCCUCAAUGUUUUAAACAUGCAAUAAAGGAGAAUCUAGACGUUUCUUUUCA